CCCUGGCCCGCCCAUCGCCGUGGCGUCGGGGCGGGUGGAGCCGGACGCCGCCCCGCCCCGUGGCCGUGGUCAUGGCCGAGGUGCCCGCCGCGGGGGCCUCGCCCGAGCCGCCCGCCGGAGACGACCCGGCGGCGCCCCCUCGCUGCGCCCGCCUGCGGGCCGUCGAGCCGGUGCUGCUGCUGGCCACGCUGGCGCUCGGCUUGCAGGGCCCGCUCUGCACCCAGUACCUCUGGGACCGCCUCGGCCCGCAGAACGGCACCGACAGGACCGGCGCCGGGGUCCGCCUGGAGGGCGGCGAGUGCGCCAACGGGACCGGCGCCGGGCAGCAGGAGGUGGAGACUCUGGUGGCCCACUGGAACCUCGUCCUCAACCUGGCUGGCUUCUGUGUGGGCCUCUUCUCCGUGACCCUCUUUGGGCCCUGGAGCGACAGUGUGGGCCGCCGGGCCGUCCUCCUCCUGCCGGCGCUGGGCAUGGCGCUGCAGGCGGCCAUCUACCUGGUGGUCAUGUACCUCCAGCUCCCUGUGGCAUACCUCCUGCUGGGGCGCAUCCUGAGCGGCCUCUCCGGGGACUACAACCUGGUCCUGGCCGGCUGCUUCGCCUACGUGGCCGACGUCAGUGACCGGCGCAGGCGCACCUUCCGGGUGGCUGUCUUGGAGGCCUGCCUCGGCCUGGCGGGGAUGGCGGCCAGCAUCCUUGGCGGGCAGUGGCGCCGGGCACAAGGGUACAUCGCUCCUUUCUGGCUGGUCUUCGCCGUGAGCCUCGGGGCCGCUAUCUAUGUGGCCUUUUUCCUCCAGGAAUCAGUGGUGAGGCGACAGCCUGGGAGACUCCUCACCCUCUGCCAUUAUGCGACCGUGUAUCGCCUUUUCGUGCCCGCCACCCGGGACUGGGCCUGGAAAAAACUCACCCUGUACUGCCUCACUUUCUUCCUGGUGCUCACCGUGCAUUUUGGAGCCCGGGACAUCUUGGUGCUGUACGAGCUCAGCUCCCCGCUCUGCUGGGACUCGGGGUUGAUUGGCUACGGUUCGGCGGCCCACUAUUUGACGUACCUCAGCAGCUUGGCAGGGCUGCGCCUGCUCCAGAUGUGCGUGGAGGACAGCUGGGUGGCCGAAGUGGGCCUGCUUUCCAACAUUUUGGGGCUGGUGACCAUUGCGCUGGCUGCUACAACACCAGUAAUGUUUACAGGUUAUGGCCUCCUGUUCCUCUCCAUGACGGCCACUCCUGUGAUUCGCUCCAAGUUGUCCAGAUUGGUUGAUGAGACAGAGCAAGGUGCUCUCUUUGCUGCCGUGGCCUGCGUGGAAGGCCUGUGCUCGCUGGUGGCCACGGGGGUCUUCAGCUCCCUUUACCCUGCCUGCCUCUACUUCAUGAAGGGCUUCCCCUUCCUCUUCGGAGCCAGCCUCCUCGUCCUCCCAGCCACCAUCCUCGGGUGGAUAGAAAUCCAGGAUUCAAAACCCAACUAUAGCCACUUCACCGACGCUCCUGAUCCGCUGCCGGAGGCCGAACAGUGACAGGCUGAACCUGAGCUGCUGCCAUUACAGAACCGGCAACUGAUUUCUGUGUGUUCUUCUGUCAUGAAUUGAAUGCCUUGGAAAGGUCAUUUUUGCUGGGUCAGCUUUUCCUCUUGACUCUCCUUAUGUGGCCUUUUAAUGUAAGCUAGGAGCCAACUUUCCUCUGAGAUGAGCAUUGGGUUGCCGGAUUGGGUGUGUAAUGAUUGGGUGUUCAAAUCUGACCCCUAGGAAAGGGGAGGAAGCCUAGUGAGCCCUAGAUUAAAUUUUUUUGGGGGGGGGUUCCUGGGGCGUUCAAUUUGGCAUUUUGGGGAGACCACAGAGAAAGCCCCCCUUCUUAUCCCACCAGCCCUGGCUCCAACUAAAGUGGGUGCAGUGCACAGCCCCACAGGAGGGAUCCCAGCAGUGGGGUGUAUUUUUUCCCCCAAAAGGGAAGCUGUAACUCUCUGUAGCCAGACUUUUUGCAAGGGAGGGCUGCCAGGAGACGGAGACAGUUAACUUGUCUGAAGAUAAUGACUGAUGGCUUCAGGAGUGGGGGGGGUGCCCAGAGGGGGAUGUCCUAUCUCUGAUGCCAAUUACCUCUCCCCAUGCCAGGGGAAGGGGCGCCUGCCCACGACUCAGCUUUGCUUGCCUCUUCUUGCUGGGAGUGGGCAGCCUGAUUUUCCCCAGGUUCAGACUGCUGCCAAAUGCUCCUAGACCUCUUCAAUGUUUGUGUGUGCACACGUGGACACAUGGAUGUACGGGGACAUGUGGCAAUAAAACUAGGGGCUGCUGAUAA